GUCAGUUCCCGGGCAGACGCCGUCGAGUGAGGACGUGCCCGUCUCUCUCCCGGCCGAGUCACGUGUUGUGAUGUAAAGCCAUUUUGGCAGCUGCACUCAUGGCGACGUUGCUAGACUGUCACUUGGCCAGUGGAGGAGUGUGAGAAGGAUUGUGAUACUCGGGAGGUGACUGUUCUCGAAGGGAACUCCUCCGUGGUGGCAGCAAUGGGAUGAUCCCGUGAGUGAACACAGACACGCAGAGAAAUGACUGACGCAUUAGUGAGAGCAUCGCUGUCCUCCUCCUCCUCCUCCUCCUCUGAAGUCGGAAGCAGCGACUAGACACGAAAGGAUGCUGGCCAACAAGCAGGCCAGUCUCUCGUCGCCCACGGGAACCAUCGCCGAACCCGACGAUGGCUUCUGCUGCGGGGGCGAGGGCUGCGUGGAACUCUUCGGAAUCAGCCUGGAAGGGCGCGCCGUCAUGGUGCUGGCCGGCCUCGUCGAGGAGGCCGUCGUCACGCCCUUAGGCUCGGCGGCGAUGAGCAGCGUGGCCUCCUACCUCCUCCGACUGAGCCCGCGGCUCCUGACGGCGGUGGUCACGGCCGUUCAGGCGUCCCGCCCGCGUUGGCUGCCCCUGGAGUACCACUGGGCGCCUCUGGACCACGACCCACUGCUGCACCUGCUGGAGCUGGUGGGCGACAGGCUGACCGCCCUCUCCUACAGGUGUCACCCGCUCUCGCGGGAGCUGCUGGUGCACGCCCUCGGCGCCAUGCCGCGCCUCUCCACCCUCAACCUGCCCAACUCCGCCGACGACAACGUCUUGGCGGUGGUGGGCGGCGCCUGCUUCACCCUCACCACCCUCUGCGUGCGGGGCUCCAAGGGCGUCACCGACGACGGACUUCGGAGGCUGAUGCUGCGACGGGAUGCCUACACCAGGUCCCGCUGGCGCCGCCUCUUCUCCCGCUGGCGCAAUCUGCGCACUACCAUGACGAGGCAGCAGUCGCGUUACAGACCUUUGUCGACCAACAGCCAGGUGCCCCUCGGGGAGAGCACCUUGCUGGUGCCCAUGGACCCGGAGCAGCUGAACCCCUUGAGCGCCACCUUGACGCAUGUCGAUCUGGGAGGCACGAGGGUCACGCCUCAGGGCGUCGAGUGGAUGCGGAGCGUCCUUCCGCACAACGCCUUCAUCGACACCACCCAUCCCAACCAGCGUUCGGUGCAGUCGGAGGCGUCCCUGGAGGACCAGAUGGCCAAGUUACUCGUUCCGGUGUCGCCUUAACGUCAGGAGGUCUCGGGCGGGUCCUGUCGAUCACAGUCUCAGAAGAUUUCAGGUGGCGUCGCGGCUGCUGCUGCUGCUGCUGCUGCCCCGUCGUCGUCAGCACCUUCAACUCAUGCAGCUGCAGCAGGCAGCAAGAAUCAAGGGGUGACCUUUUUUUAUAUCAAUCCUGUGGCCAUGCCCUUCGGAGGAGAAGGACGGAAGUGGGACGCUCUUUCUGCAAAGCAAUACUUGGUUCUGUUUACCCGAGGAUGUAAAUGAUGCGUAAAAGGAAGUUUUAAAUAUAUAAAUAAUACGUUUUGUGAAGACUAGAAUUGGACAAAAGACGCAUUUGUGCUGACAUUCCUACAGUGUCAAUUCUAGAGUGCUGUUUUUGUUACUUGGAAGUUUUAACUGUUCUCGGUCCCCCAAAAGUGGAUGGUAUACUGAACAAAGUCUACCCAACCACAUAACUGUAAAGACAGGAAGAGAUAUUUUUGUUCUAUCCCGUAGUGCUGUUUUGAAGUGAAUGUUUCUACCGUGUCUGAGUCGGGUCAUCUCGUGUAGAGUUUGUUGCCUACGUCAUUUGUUUCGUCAGUGGAUGUUUUGUGUACAAACCGUGACUUUACCUUCUAAGUAGAGCAUCGUAGAGAGGACUAUUUUUGUAGUGACUGUAACCAAGAUAAAAUAGCAAGCGAAUGUCUUGUUGUUUCUUUCCCGAAACGCAAAAGUAAUGUGACUGUGCCUUUUUGUAAGAAAUUGAAAAGCUAUAUUGAAUAAUAGAGAUUAAAUAAAUGAUAUAUAAAUAUAUAUAUAGUAUAUAUUUUGUGUAUAAAAGAGUGAUUGCUAGUUAUCUGUGUAUAGAAAUUACAAUUCGUCACCGGCGAGGGAGGAGAAAGUCAUCGAACGGAACAUAUCAGGCG